AUGGAGUUUAGCACAGAGGAAAAAGCUAUAAAAUUUUACAAAGCCUAUGCUCGUUUCAAUGGGUUUGUCGUAAGAAAGGACGAUGUGGUAAAGGAUCACGAGGGAAAAAUGGUUCCGCGACGAUUACUUUGCAAUAAAGUGGGAAAGAGUGAAACUAAAAAUAAGAAGAAUGAAGAUAGUAUUAGGCAAACCAUGCGAACUGGAUGUCAUGCUAGACUUCGAGUAGCCUAUGAUUUCAUUGAGAAGAUUUGGAAAGUUACUAAUUUUGUGCCCAAUCACAACCAUGAAUCAUGUCCUCCAAAUCUUGUCCAUUUGAUUCCGAAUUAUAGGAAAUUGAGUGAAUCAGAUAAACAGAUUGUCAGUGGUUUGCAUUCUCAAGGUGUAAGAACAUGUCAUAUACUAGGUUUUUUAAUGGGCCAAAAAGGAGGGCAUGAAAAUCUUGGAUUUAUCAAAAAGGAUUUAUAUAACUUCACUGAUCAUGAAGGAAGGGUUAGAAUUGAAGGUGGGGAUACUUUUGCUACUUUGAGUUAUUUUCAGGAUGAUAGACGGUUAGAAAAUAUAUUUUGGGCAGAUUCUGCAAGCAGGCUUGAUUAUGAAUGUUUUGGCGAUGUGGUUCUCUUUGACGCCACUUAUAAAAAGAACAGGUAUAACAAGCCGCUUGUAAUUUUAACAGGAUACAACCACCAUGGUGAAACGACCAUUUUUGCAUGUGCUUUAAUUUCUGAUGAAAAAAUAGAGACAUAUAAGUGGGUGUUAAAUAUGUUUUCAAAGGCCAUGUACGAAAAACAUCCAAAAACGAUUGUUACUGAUGGAGAUAAAUCAAUGAGGAAAGCUGUUAGAGUAGUAUUUCCAAAUUCAAGGCAUCGCCUUUGUUCAUGGCAUCUACAUCAAAAUGCUCGUGUGCAUGUAAAAGAUCCCAAAUUCUUAGAAGAGUUCAACAAACUCAUAUAUUCUAAUUACACACCUGAACAAUUUGAGUCUGCGUGGAAGAGGGUUGUUGACAGUUAUGGUGUACCAAAGAAUAAGUGGGUGAUUAAAACAUAUAAAUUGAAGCGAAUGUGGGCAAGUUCAUACAUGCGAGACCAUUUUGUGUGUAGAGUUAGAACAACAUCGAUAUGUGAAGGUGUGAAUUCAUUUAUCAGGAAGUACAAAAAUAGCCUUGUUGAUUUUCUGCAUAAUUUUGAAAGAGCUGUCAAAGACUACAGACAUAAUGAAUUAUUGGCUGAUUUCAAAUCAUUUUAUUAUAAACCUGUGUUGACAACUUCCUUGCCUAGAUUUGAGCGUGAAGCUUCAGAAAUAUUCACUUUUAAAAAGUUCCUAUAA